AUGACCAAAGAAAAGUAAUUUGUACUAAAUUGUAGAUGUGAAAUUUGUCACCGCGUCGCAAAUGUUCGCAAAUGUACAGGAAUGUUUGAGCUCUGAACUCUUUAAGUUUAUGACAUAUUUAUGGGAAACAUUCUCCAACCUUGGAGUUGUUUCGGGCAUGUGCUGUAUAAAGGCUUUGAUAAACUUAGACUUUAAACAGAUAACACCGUCUGUUGGUGACAAUAAGGGCGUACCGCAUGGUGUCGAGGGAGGUGACAUUUCCCUAGCCGCCGUGUCGGCGCUUUUGGUAGUUGAUUGUGCCGCUGUUGGUGGCGCUCAGGGUAUGUUAGGCAGGGUGGCUGGUAGCUGCUCAAUGCCGCUUAUUUGGAAAUCCUAG